UUUUUUUCGAUCAAAGGACAAACAAUAUUCGAUUUAUCAUUCUCUUCAGACAUUUUUCAUUUCUGUUUUUCGUUAAAUAAAUCAGAUUUGAUUAUGAAUCGUAUUAUUGGUAAUCGAACUACGUUGACAAAUUUGUUAAUCAACAUUAACAAAGCUUCAUCACGAAACAUGUCAGGUGAAUGGGGAGCUGGUUCUGGUAAAGGUGGUGGUUCUGGUGGAUCAGUACGUGAUGCUGGUGGUGCAUUUGGACGAAUGGAAGCGGCACGUGAAGAGGAAUUUUUUCGCCGUAAACAGCAACAAGAAUUGGAAAAAUUACGACAAGCUUUGGAUUCACAACGCAGUGAAUUGCAAAAACAAAUCAAAGAACAUGAAGCCGAAAUUGAACGUUUACGUAAAAUUCAAAAGGACGGCCAAUAAACAACAA